UAUUAUUUACGCUUUUUAGAUUGAAAAUGUUUAUGCCAAGAGCGCUUAAAGUGAAGAGACCCUCAGAUGACCCUAACCAGCUUGUAAAGAAAUGUAAAGUGAGCUCGGAACAUGCCAGUGAAGACUCCGAAGAAAAAGCAAGCUCCCCGAGAUCGCGGGAAGUGAACUGUGAUUGGACACACACAGACUCUGGGAAGGAAGAGCAGCAUCAGGAUCACUGCGAGCCUGUCUCUGACCACCUACAUACGGAGACCAGUUCAGACCGAAGUUCAGGAGACUUUAAAGAAUCUGAGACAGAGGACAACGAAGAUGAAGAACCCGUGAAAUCCCUUCGCAAGAGUCAGAGAUGGCCAGAACCGGGGGAGCCCAUAUGUGUAAUGUGUGGCCGAUAUGGAGAGUAUAUUUGUGACAGCACCGAUAAUGAUGUGUGCAGCUUGGAAUGCAAGGCCAUUCACUUAGCUCAGAUGGGCAAGGACCACCCUGGGAGUGGCGAGGUGCUAUCAGCAACACCUGGUGCUGAGGACGCUUGUACCAGUGGUGAGCAGGAGCAGGGCUAUUCCUACAGAGAGGAUGAGUUCAUUUUGGGUCUGACCGAGGAACAGGUUCAGAGGGUGAAGCAGGAGUUGGGGAUUGUGACGCAGGGUCAGAAUGUGGGAAGACCCAUCAUAGAGUUUGAACACUGCAACUUCCCCUCAGUUCUCAGUGCCAACCUGAAGAAGGCGGGCUAUGAGGCUCCUACUCCUGUCCAGAUGCAGAUGAUCCCUGUUGGAUUGGCUGGCCGGGACGUGAUCGCCAGUGCGGACACGGGCUCAGGGAAAACGGUUGCCUUCCUGCUGCCAGUGGUGCUGCGUGCUCUUGAGAGACCGGUGGCUCCGCCCAGCGGUGUGACGGGCAUCAUCCUGACGCCCACGCGGGAGCUGGCGAUCCAGAUCGAGAGGCAGGCCAAGGAGCUGAUGGUGGGCCUGCCCAACAUGAGGACCGCCCUGCUGGUGGGCGGCAUGCCCCUGCCCCCUCAGCUUCACCGGCUCAAGCAGAACAUCAAGAUCAUAAUAGCCACUCCAGGACGACUCCUUGAGAUCCUGAAGCAGAAGGCGGUAGAGCUGGAUGGCGUGAGGAUUGUGGUGGUGGAUGAGGCCGACACCAUGCUAAAGAUGGGCUUCCAGCAGCAAGUGCUCGACAUCUUGGAGCAGGUCCCAGACGACCGACAGACUCUGUUAGCAUCGGCCACCAUCCCGUUGGGAACGGAGCAGCUGGCCGCGCGGCUGACCCAGGACCCGGUCCGGAUCACCAUCGGGGAGAAGAACCAGCCCUGUUCCAACGUCCGGCAGAUUGUCCUGUGGGUGGAGGAACCUUCGAAGAAAAAGAAACUAUUCGAGAUUUUAAAUGACAGGAAGCUGUACCACCCGCCGGUGCUGGUGUUUGUGGACUGCAAGCUGGGUGCAGACCUGCUGUGUGAGGCGGUGCAGAAAGUCAUGGCUCUCAACACAGUGGCCAUUCACUCUGACAAGCCACAGUGCGCGCGGAACAGGAUACUAAAGGGUCUGCUUGAAGGGGAGUAUGAAGUUGUGGUCAGCACAGGGGUACUGGGCAGAGGGCUUGACCUGGUCAACGUCAAACUGGUGGUGAACUUUGACAUGUCUUCUAGCAUGGAUGAAUACGUUCAUCAGGUCGGAAGAGCGGGAAGGCUGGGUUACCGGGGAACCGCCAUCACAUUUGUGAACAACAACAACAAGCGUCUGUUCUUGGACGUGGUGAACAGAGUGAAGCCCACAGGGUCCCUGCUCCCUCCCCAGCUACUGAACUCCCCCCACCUCCAUGAGCAGCAGAGGAGAGAGAGGCAGAGGAGCAGGAAAGGGGAGGACACCAUCGUCACCAAGAACAACCUCAUCGACAUCAUCAGAAAACAUGACCGGAGCACUUCCAAGAAGUAGUCGCACAUGCACCACCAACAGAGUUGUGUAUAUGUAUGCAGUAUGUAUAUAGGAUGCUUUUUCUAAAAAACGUUAUAUGUUUACAUGCAAAAUGUGUUCAAAUAAUCUGAUGUUUAUUGUGGGGAAGUAAAUAUUUCCUAUAAAUCUGUAAUGUUAAGAAAUAAAGCCUGUUUCUGGAUUUA